UGCCGGCGGUACUGGCAGCAGCAGCAGUUGGCCGGAGGACGUCAACAGAAGAUGAGGCGGACGAGAAAACCGGUACCACGAGUUCUGAACUGGAAUUCGAUGAUGAUAAAUCAUCAUCACUGAUUACAUCAGCUGUAUCGGAUACAGAAUCUGUUCAUCACCAGUCCCGUGAACUUCGUCCUGGACCUGACAUGCCUGAUCCAGAAUCUGAUGUUGAUCAAAGUUCAGAGUCCUCAGAGAGUCGGAUUGAACAUGGAAAAGGGGAUGCCUUGGAUGAUUCUGACUUUGCAGGAGAGGAUAGUGACACAGCUGAAGGUGGUCCGGGUACAGACAUCACAAGUGACGAUCUGACUAAUGAACGAUACAAUUUAGGAGAGGACACUGUUGGCACGGACACAAACUUGUCCACAAGUAGAAGUGAUGAAGAUGUUAAUGAACGUGAUGCCCUGUUCGAGGAUACACUUACCGACAUUGGUUUCACAACAGAUGAGGAUCAAGAUAGCGGAGAGGGUGAGGAUAGCGGAGAGGGUGAGGAUAGCGGAGAGGGUGAGGAUAGCGGAGAGGGUGAGGAUAGCGGAGAGGGUGAGGACAGGGGAGAUAGGGAUGAUGAUGAUGCGGGAGAUAGGGAUGAUGAUGAUGCUCUCAAUGGCGCAAUUUUCAAUGGUUCCCACAUUUCUAAAGCAGAAGCAAUUCUCAUGAUUUUAUCCUUUGUAAUGAGGCAUUGUUUAUCAUCUGCUGCCAUAUCCCAUCUAUUAGAGUUGAUCAAUAUUCUUUGUUGUAAAGAAGUCUUCACUUCACUUACGUCAAUCAUGAAUAGUAUAUUUUCUGGAAGAGCAAUAUCUCUCACAUUUCAUUUUUAUUGUGUAUCUUGCUACAGUUAUGUCAAGUCUUUUGCAAAUCUGUGUGAAGAUCAAGUUCUAUGUCCUCAGUGUAAUGACACAUGUGUCACAAAAAAUCUCUGUAAUGGCAAUUUUUUUGUCACAGCUGACUUGUCUUCCCAGAUAAGAGCCCUAUUUGAAAGGGCAGAUAUUGCACCUCACUUGUCUUAUCGCCAAACCCGCAAAAAAAAAUCUGAUGAUGCUAUUGAAGAUAUUUAUGAUGGUGAAUACUACCAGAAAUUAUUGGCUGAUGAGGAACUGCUUGGAAAUGAAGCCAAUUUUUCAUAUAUGUUUAAUUCUGAUGGCUUACCUGUAUUCAAAUCAUCAAAAUAUUCUAUGUGGCCAAUUUUCCUUAUGAUAAAUGAACUUCCCCCAAAGUUGAGACAUCAAAAUCUUAUCCUAGCUGGUGUAUGGUUUGGUAAGGUAGAGCCAAAAAUGGAGGUGUUUUUAGACAAAUUUACAGAUUGUGCAAAGAAAUUGGCAGAAGAAGGUGUUACUUGGAAAAAGAGAGAAGAAAGAAUCCACAGUAAGUUGUUUGGAAUAUGUUGCUGUGCUGAUGCACCAGCCAGGGCAGCCAUGCAAAAUACAGUUCGCUUCAAUGGUUAUAAUGGAUGUAGCCUAUGCUACCAUCCCGGUAAACUUGUUGAAAGGGUGGUAAAGUAUCCCAUAGAUGUGUGCAAUUAUAAUGAUAGGACAGAUGAAGAAAUAUUGGAAGAUAUGGCACAGUCUGUUGAAGAAGAUCGAUCAGUGAGAGGUGUAAAAGGUCCAAGCCCCUUGAUAAAUCUACCACAUUUCCCAAUUUGUUGGGGUUUUCCCCCAGAUUUUAUGCAUUGUCUCCUCCUUGGUGUAGCCCGCCAGUUGGCUGAUCUGUGGUUUGCUUCCACAGCUCUUGACCCAUUUUACAUAGGUUCAGCGAGAGUAAUGGGAGUUAUCAAUUCCUGCCUUAAAUCUAUCAGGCCUCCCAGCUCAGUUGUCAGAACACCAAGACCUAUCAAUGAACGAAAGUACUGGAAAGCAUCUGAAUGGUACAUGUGGCUUUUGGUAUACUGCCUGCCUUGUUUGUAUGGCAUUUUGCCCCAUGAGUAUUGGAAUCACUUAGUUAUCUUAGUUCAGGCAUCAUAUUUGCUCUUACAAAAAUCCCUCACAAAUGAUGAUCUCCUUAACAGCGAUCUUCUGUUUGAAUCUUUUGUUGGUAGAUGCCAAAUAUUGUAUGGUGCAUCCUCAAUGACAUUCAAUGUCCAUUCAUUGACACAUUUAUCAAAAAGUGUGCGGAAAUGGGGACCACUGUGGACUCAUUCAUGUUUUCCUUUCGAAUCAGGUAAUUGGAAAAUAAAACGUCAGCUACAAGGAAAUAGAGGGAUGAUAAUGCAAGCAAUGAGAAAAUUUUUGUUUAUGCAGAUGCUUCCGAACCUUAUAACAAAACGUGUAGUUUCCCAUGGAGUCAGGGUGUUUUGCAACAUGAUGUCUUGUUCUGGGAAGAAAUCAGCACAAGAUUAUAGGCAAGAUUCUGUUCUUGGUAUGGGUACAGUCAGACGGCUGAAGGAUUGGGAAUAUGCUGCAUUUAUUUCUUCUGGCCUAAGAGUUGAAAUAGAUAGAAUAGUAACCACGUAUAAACGAAUGAAAAGAAAUGGCUUGCUCUUUUGUACAUCUGAAUAUCGAAUGGACACAAUCAAGAGGAACAACCAGUUAGUGGUUUUUUCUGACAAAAGAAUAGGUGAAUUGCGUAGUAUCAUAACUAUGGAUGACCAAUGUUUCAUGAUAGUGCAAUGGUUGAUACUUGAAGAAAUUGAAUCAUUCUGUGAUGAUGAAUCUGAUGCAAAAAUAGCACAUAUUAAAACAUGUACAGGAACUAACAAUUUGCUGUCAGCCGUGCUUGCCACUGAAGCAGAAGUAAAUUGCUUAGAAUUAAUUGUGAAUGAUGUAAGGUACAUAAUAACUAUGCCAAAUUAUGUGGCAUUGAAUUAAUGAAUGACCUAAAUGUAAGGUGGGUUAGUUUUUAAUCUUGAGUAAAAUUUAGAGAAUGAAACCCUUGGAAAAAUAAAUCAUUCUUAAUAUGAAAACAAAAAAUAUCAAAGAAUAAGAUCUAUUAAAUUUAAAUAAAAAAAAAUACCCUUCCUGCAACUUACAAUAUGUUUGCAUACUUUUAAUCUGAUGUAAAAUGAUGACCUGCAGAUUAUCCAACUGGAAAUUGUACAUUUCACACAAUAGCUUGCUGACAAAUUGAAAAUACAUAAAGUAAAAAAUAUUGUAUUAUAACUAAAUACAAAAUAAUUCAAUAAAUUCAGUAUUCAUAACCAGAUUUUCAUGAAAUUUUCAGCUUGGAGUGCCGCUUUAAGCUACAGAUUCAUUUUAUGCCCAUUCAAUACAUGAGAAAAGGUUUCUUACAAUACAGAUAUAUUUCGUUAAUAGGGACCCUUUGAGAAUCAAGUGUUAGAUUUUAAAUAUUGCCCAUCUAUUGUAAAAAAAACACCUUCAUUUUAUUCAUUUUUUGCAAACUGCACAAAAUGGAUUUUAUUGUGACAUGCAUUUUGCAAAAUAGGAUUUAAUGUGUCCAUAAAUAUGAGUUUGUUAAUUUGCAGGUCUAUGCAGUGUUAGCAGGGAAUUAAAAAGGCCAUGGAUAUUUCUGCAGCAUGUUCUUAAUUCCAGACCAUAGAAUAUUGGCUGAAAUUCCUCGUUUCAAUUUCUGGUAAAGAUAACAAAAUGGAAAUUAAUUUCUGCUAAAAGCAGUUUUCAGAGUUCUUUCCCUACGUAUCGCAUGCAAAAGCUACAUGUAGAACUAACUUUUUUGUUUACAUACAUGUACAUGUUUAUCACAGGAGUGUGAGAGUUCAGCUUUUAGUUGAUUUGAGAUAUUUUUGCUUUUGGGCUCUUUCAAUUUCAUCUUUUUUUACACUUUUCAGUUACUUUUACCAGUGGUUAAUGAUAUCACACCCCCAAUAUUAAGGAAUGGAAGCAUUUGCUUUGCACCAAUUUUCAGAAUGUCAGCUUGCAUGAAUAUUGACAUACAUGAUUUUACUUGUACCUGUAUGUAAAUAUACAGUACUGUACAUGUACAUAAAUUUCUUUGACUUUUCCAAGAGUACUUUUUCCCCUUUAAACAGACCUUGCCAUAUAACAUGCCCCGUUUUUCUAAUGUUAACUAUAUUUCAUAUAGCUUUAAAUGAAUUUGUCGCUGUUUUUACCAAAAAGUAAUUUUUUUACGGGCUAUUCAAUAUUUUCAGAGGAGAAGACUAUUUUUCUGUAAUUUACAAUGACAUAUUUCAGCAAAAAUUUAUAAAAUAAAUUCUGAUGGGAAUGAGAAGGGCAUUCAAGGCCACAGCAUUUUAAAGUGGUUAUGGUUAAUGUAAUUUUAGCCAUGAUCUUCUUUGGUCUGUUUUAAGAUCUGAUUUCAUAACUGUUAUUAUUACCGGUCCUAUGAUUUAAAUGCCUGAUCCGGAAAGGAAAGAUGAAGUGACACCACAUGUAACUCACAUUCACUGCACAUCUUCAUAAACAAAAAUUGCAUUUGAGGCAGAAUAAUUCAAUAAAAAUCAAGUCAACCCAAGAGAAAAAGUUGAUUUUAAUACUAUGGAGAAAAAUGCUCAAGUAAGUGUAAUGCAUAUGAAAGAGUCAAUGCGAGUCCUUAUUUCAUUUUUUUUUUAUUGUUUGAAUUAUACAAAAAUUUAAUUUUUACAGAUAUGACAAUUAGGAACCUACUUUUUGAACCAUAAAAUAUUAGAACAAUUGAAUUCCUCAUUUUCAGGAAGGAAAGAAACUUUGUUGAAACUACAUGUAUGUAUUACGUGACAUUGAGGCGAAAAUAACAUAUUUCAUGUAACAUGUUUAAAAAGAAAGAUAUAGUGAGUGGGUUUUGUCAUCAGUCCCCUCAUUUGCACUCCUACCAGGAUGUGCAUAUUAUUUUAUGAAAUUAAGCAAAACUUCAAAAUGUCACAACUCGCUUAAUUUUUUGUCAGAUUGUGAUGAAAUUUUCAGUGUGAUGCUUUGAAUUUUCGCUUUCUAUUCAAAUCAUUUUUUUUUGUUGGGGGUAAACUUGGCUUAAAUCAUUUUGAAGAUAUGAAAAAAAUGAAGUUUAUUCAAUAUGUAGUAAUGAUAUAACAGCUAAAUCAUCACCCAUGGCCUUUGAAAAAAAUAGUUUUCAGUUUCUGGUGGCACUGGUCACAUACAUAACCCAGUGUAUUUUUUCAUACCUUGUUUGAUUGAUGCUAUAGUAAAAAAUUGCUUCUUUUAUUUCAUUCAAUUUUUUUUCUUUUUAGCAAUCAUAGCGAUACUCAAAGAGCUAUCAAGAAAUUUAAGUUUGGGACCAUUUGAUUGCUAAGUUCAAAGCCAUUGUAGCUGCUUACAUGAGGCUCAGGUCGCAAUUGGCUCAAUGCAUGUACAUGUACACUUGUUGGAUGUCAUCUGACAGGUCUUUCGUUCUUUUCCUUGUUAUUUUCAGCAUAAAGUUUACCCUGGUGUGAAGUUGAUUCAAUUACCCCCCCCCCAAAAAAAAAAGAUAACAAAAACACUGUAGCGAAAAUCCAUCAAAGAUUUACUGCGGGUUUUUAAAUAUUGAAUUUAAAAUGUCUUUGACGAGGCCUAUGAACUGAUCCCUGCCCUCCUCCCCAUUGUAAAAUUGUGAUAAAUUAUCAGAAAAUAUACUAUUUUACAUUUACAUCAUUAUAUCACAUUGAAACUCACUUUGGUAAGAAAUGUGUUAUCAGUUUAAUGAACUAUCCAAAAAUGUAUUAAAAUUAGAUUUUAGAUACUCAUAAACACAUAUCCUGGUGUGUUGGCUCAGUUGGUAAACGUAGAGUGUCCGUCUCACAAAGAAAUUUGGUAGUUCAUGCCCUGGCCUUGUCUGACCAAAAAGACGUUAAAAGAUGGGAGUUGCUACCAUUUUUGGCAUACAUAUAAAAUGAUUAACGAAAAAGAGCAAUGUCCAUCUGGCGCUGCACAGUGGCUGUCGGGCCCGCAAUCAAUAGCAAAAUGAUUUUUGUGAGUUUAUAUACCAGAUUUCUAUUUCAAACAAUAAAAUGUGGAGUUUAGGAGCUGCAUGUAUGUGAUGUCACAAAAUCAUAGCAAAGUUUAACACAACCACUUUUUUAUGUAUUUUCAUUGAAUCUUAAAUUUUCUGCUUGUAUUAAAACAAAUUUAGUGUCAGGGUGUCCUUUCCCUUAAUCACUAUCAAAGCUUAUCCUUAAUCCUACUUCAAACUGAUAUUAUUCUUCAACAGGUUGUGCCAUUGGUAUUUCAAUGGGUGUGAUACUCAUCUACUGUCAUAUUUUUUUAUAAAUAAUAUAGGGUGUCAUUUUGUAUUUGAUUUUUAGUGAUGAUUGAAUAGAAAAGGUAAAGCAUUGAGAGAUCUGUGUGGGUUUUUUUCUAUAGACGUUUCUAUUACAAAUUUCACUUGCACGACCACUAUAAUUGUAAAUUUACUCUGGCAAUCAUGUUUCUAAUUAAGUGAUCAGAGAAACUGGUUUCAUUUUACAUUUUUUUUCCUGAAUUAAAAGUUAUACAAUCUGAAUUUUGAGCCAAUGUAUUGAUCCAUAGAUGUGGUAAACUUCAAAUAUCUACUUUCCACUUGGUCUCAUUCCACAUAGUGUAAAUUCCAGUUCAAUAGGCUACACAUUUUGUUCCAUUGCUACUUGAUCUAACCCUUGGUCUUGCAAGAAAAUACUUGCAAUAAUAAAUUUCUGUUGUCAUUUUGUAGUUAAUGUACAUCAUACAUUUUAGAAGUUUUCACUCCUUGUCACACUGCAAAUUUUCAAUUGUGUGCAAGUUUUUGUAUUCCCCACUGAUCUACAUAUACAUGCUUGUAAAACAGUAAAUUAGUUUGACUUAUGUGAUUAGUGGAAAUCAGAUAAUCUGGGCAUUAGACUGGAUGAGAAUUACAUGAAGACCACAUGUAGUGUACACAAAGCGACAAUAAGACAAAACUAGACCAAUAGCCCAUGUAUAUUUAGACUUUCUGAAAAUAUGUAGACUAUCUGAAAAGUAGGUCAAGUGAAUGUACAUGUAAACCCAUUUCAUGGCUACAAUAUACACCUCUGUUGUUGAUCACCAUGCAAUUGCUUUAAUCGCUCUACAUAGUUUUUCUAAAGAAGGAAGUAACUAUAAUGUGUAUGGGUCAGAAUGGAUGGUGGUGAGUUCAAAAUUAAUACAUGUACAUGUAGUGAGUUUUACAAAUUUGUGUAAAAUUUUAUCAUGUUCAAAGCAGUUUUUUUUUCUUUGACACAAUAUUUGAUACAUGUAAAUGUCUGUUAGCAAAAGGAGCAACAAAAUUUGUUAUCUCUUUAUUUAUUAUUUGAUGAGAUUACCUGCAAUAUUCAUUGUAUUGUAAAAUUAUCUAUUGCCUAUGCAACUUGAAGAUAGCAAUACAGCCUGUAUCCUUAAUUUUUACUCCAUAUACAAAUUUAUGUGAGAUUUUUAAUUUCUCAGAGCAGCCAACCAGUAAAAUUUGGUCGUAUUAACAUGUAGUAUGUUUUUGCAACCAAAAUACCUCAGUACGUCAAUCAUUUCAAUAUUCAUAGAUCUUACGCAAAUAUGGGUAAUUUGAUGAAUGUAAUUUCAGGUAACUUUAUUUUUCCAAUCAUUGCAACAUGAAAUAAUGUUUUAAUCCUUUUGUUUAAAUCACAAUGAGUUAUACCUGCUUCAGUUUUUC